CUCCCACUGGUGCAGAGUUGGAUUAUAGUUUUCUUGUAUAUGGAGAAAACUUUGAAAGAGCAGAAAUAAAUGGGGAGAAACUACUUAACAUCACCCGGCAAAAACUUAAUGAACUCGGCAUAAUCCGGACUAGCCACCGGGAUAACAUAUUAAAAGCAGUCGCUAAUAUUUAUAAAAAGAACAAAGUUGAAGAGCAAGCUAUGCAAGGAGAAGAUCAGAAUGACAAAAAGAUGCCUACCAGAUUCAGAAAACAAAGUGAACAUCUUGAGCAUGCUAUUGACCGUGUUCUUGUCAUGAUAUCGGAAAGAAGAAAGGCGCGUACUCUACAUGGCACUUAUGAACAACCGCCUUAUAACAUUCUUACUGCUGCUCUUGAACUGAUUAAUAUGGUCAAGAUGAUACUAAAUAUUCUGGAAAGCCCUCCAUUUGAUUGCAUGUCAGAAUUUUCCAGUCUGAAAAAUCACCUCAUUAAACGUAUUACAUUACUGAAACAUUUCUCUGAACAGUCUGAUAUCAGCCAUGAAAUGGAAUCUGAUAUGAUAGAUGUGUGCAAGGGUGUGACUAAAAUCUGUCAUUACAUAAUUGCUCUGCCACCUGAUCUUACAGAACCAGAAACACAAAUUCCAGAAUUUAUUACCCCUGAAGAGAAGUCACCUAACGUGCAAGUGUGUUUCUCAAUGUACAGUCGACACUUGAACAACACCAGAAUUGGAGUGCCAACCCUCCACACGGUAGAAAAGCCACAUAUAACUUUACAGUCUGUCCUCUAUAUGUGCAAUUCCACAUUCACAGAUUCAACCAACCAUGGAUAGUGUAGCACUUAUUUACAAAAAAAAAUUGCAUAUAAGUGGACCUGUG